AUGGCCGCGGAAGGGGACCCUCUGGAUGACGAGGAUCUGCUUGCGGAGGACAGGGAGCUGGAGGAGAGGGAGGAAUGCGUCGGGGACAUCCUGGAACUAAUCGUGGAGAGGGUCAACGCCCACCUGGAGGCUGCAGAGCUUCAGGGCAAGGUUACUGGCUACGCAGUUCGCGAAGCUGUUAAAGACGCCCUCGCUGUGGUAGAUAUGACCUUCCUCGAGCGCGAGAGCUUCGCGAUGAGGGGCGUCACGGCCACAGAAUCCACGGUGGGCAGCUGGGAGCCCGAUGACGACUUCACUCCAGGUCCCAUCGACGCCUGGGCGAGAGGCACAGUGAAGGCGAGAAGGCGCCAACGGACUGCGACGCACGAGAAUGCUACUUCGUCCGCAAGGCACACUAUCGGCGGCGUUGAGAAACACAUUAACAGGAUAAGCCGUGCGUCCAACACGAUCGGCGCAGUUGAGAAGCAAAACAGGAAAUCCCUUGCCGCAACCAUGCCACUCCCGAAGCCCAAACCGAGGAAAUCGAAGCUUACUGGAGAAGCUGCGGAGCGGGAGCAGCGGCUAAGGGACGAAAUUGAAACUCGAAAAGCGAUGCAAAAAAUGCAGAGACUACAGCUGCAGAAAGACCAGGAAGAUCUCAAACAGCUCGAAGUCCUCCAGAAAUCGCUUAGGGGCCGAGAGUACACUUACGAUCACAACGGGCAAGUUGUGUUCGUCAACAAGCCGAACACAGAGAAACUGCCGGCUUAUGGCGCCGGUCUCCGAAUAAAUGUCCCAGAGACUCGCGGAGGUCUGCAAACCCAUGGAAAGUACAAGAGGUUUGCGAAUGUCGGCUUAUCAAAGCUCGUGGAAACAGAUUUCAUCGAAAAAGAGAAGAGCAGCCAACCAAGUGCGUUGGAGGUUAUGCAGAUGGCUAAGGGUGUCACUCUGCGUGAGGGAGGCGGUGCGAAGGCUGGACCUCCGGUUGGGUCGUCCAAGCAAAAUAUGUCACGCAAAGAUUUCCUUGAGCUGUAUUCAGAUCCAUCUGCAAAGAAACAGUGGCAACGUGGUGACACGACCGACGAGGGCUUGGGCACACAGGGGAGUCAAGAACGGGUGGUGCAACCAGAUCCGAACCUAAAGCUUUUAUCUGCCGCGGAUUGGGGAGUCAAUCCGCCUGCAGCAAUGAAAGAAAACCCAUAUGUACCGCCUUCCAGGAUGCCGAAAGCGAAGACGCCUAUGAUGAGGCAGAGGAGGGUAUAG